GGAUCCGGGAAGCUAAAGCCAAGCAGGAAAAGGUGUCUGCUCAGUACCUGAGUGAGAUCGCGAUGGCCAAGGCACAGAGAGAUUAUGAGCUGAAGAAGGCCGCCUAUGACAUCGAGGUCAACACCCGCCCAGCACAGGCUGACCUGGCCUAUCAGUUUCAGGUGGCCAAGACUAAGCAGCAGAUUGAGGAGCAGCGGGUGCAGGUGCAGGUGGUGGAGCGGGCCCAGCAGGUGGCAGUGCAGGAGCAGGAGAUUGCCCGGCGGGAGAAGGAGCUGGAGGCCCGGGUGCGGAAGCCAGCUGAAGCCAAGCGCUACAAGCUGGAGCGCCUAGAUGAGGCAGAGAAGUCCCAGCUAAUUAUGCAGGCGGAGGCAGAAGCCGAAUCUGUUCAGAUGCGUGGGGAAGCUGAGGCCUUUACCAUAGGGGCCCGAGCCCGAGCUGAGGCUGAGCAGAUGGCCAAGAAGGCAGAAGCAUUCCAGCUGUACCAAGAGGCUGCUCAACUGGACAUGCUGCUAGAGAAGCUGCCCCAGGUGGCAGAGGAGAUCAGUGGUCCCUUGACUUCGGCCAAUAAGAUCACACUGGUGUCCAGUGGCAGUGGGACCAUGGGGGCAGCCAAAGUGACUGGGGAAGUACUGGACAUUCUAAGCCACCUGCCAGAGAGCGUGGAAAGACUCACAGGCGUCAGCAUCUCCCAGGUGAAUCACAAGCCUUUGCGAACAGCCUGAGCCUUCAGCCCUCACAGAUGCCCAGCCUCAUAGCUGAAGUUGCCUGAAUGAUCUCCCUGUUGCAUGUAAUCCACUGGCCUCCCUGAGCAUGUCCAUUGACAAUGGGGUCCCACCCUCAUCUCUCCUUGCCAAAUAGUUUGUGCCUUGCCUAGAAUGGGGUUGCUCCCCUUGCCAACCUGACACUGCUGUGAUUGCCAACUCCAGGGGUCCCAUGUCAGCCUUCUGAUGAUCCCACUCCACUCUACCUCAACUUCUUAAUUAAAUCAGACUGUUUGAAAAAAAAAAAA